CCGCCCACCCUCCGCCAUGCUUCUCCUCCCCCUAUGCCCUCCCCCACCUCCCCUCUCCCCCUACGACGCCUCAUCCCCAAGCCACCCUUCUACGCCGCCGCCCGCUUCUCUCACUCCGACUCCUUCGUCUCUUCAUCCUCCGACGACGAAUCCCCCCUCGCCGACGAGCUCUUCCCCGCCGCCGGCGCGCCCACCCUCCUCUCCGUCGCGCGCUCGCUCGCUCAUUCCCCCAGCCCCUCCGUCUCCUCCGUCCUCGGCUUCCUCCACCGCCUGCCCGCUGACGCCUCCCCGCACAUCUUCCCCCACCUCGUCGCCGCCCUCUCCCGCUCGCCCCGGCCGCUCCUCGCGCUCCGCCUCUUCCUCCGCCCGCCCACCUCCGCCGCCACCACCCAUCAUUCAUUCAACUCCGCCCUCCUCCGAUUCCCCCUCCCCCCGCACCUUCUCCCCGCCUUCUUCUUCCACUCGCUCCGCCGCUUUCCCCGCCUCGCCCCCACACUCCUUUCCUUCAACCUCCUCCUCAAGUGCGUUUGCUUCUCUCUGGUCCCAAGGAACCACCGGCUCUAUCUUGAAAUCGCCUUACGCGUUCUGCACGAGAGCAUUCCAGGGUGGAAACUUCCGCCGGAUAAGUUCACAUAUUCCACGGUCGUGUCUGCUCUCGCGGAUGCAGGGCGGGUUGAUGAUGCUGUGGCGCUGGUGCACGAGAUGGUGGUGGAUGGGGCGGUGGCCGCUGAGGCAUUUAAUCCUGUGCUGAGUGCAAUGCUGCGUGCCGGAGAUGUUACAGGCGCGGCCAAGCUGUUUUCUUUUAUGCAGCUGAAGGGCUGCGUGCCGUCGGCAGCAACAUACAAUGUGCUGCUGCAUGGAUUGUUGGUCUGCGGCAGGGCCAGCGCCGCAAUGGGGGUCAUGAGGAGAAUGGAGAGGGAGGAGGUGACGCCAACUGUGAUGACGUAUGGGGCAGUUGUAGAUGGACUAGUGAGGUGUGGAAAACUGGAGGAUGCAUGGAAGGUGACUGAAGAAAUGAGGAAGAAGGGUCUUGCACCUAACGAGUUUGUGUUCUCGCCCGUCAUCACUGGGUUUUGCAAGUCAGGAGAGGUCGAUAGGGCAUCAACAAUGUGGGACACAAUGGUAGCAACUGGUGUAAGGCCGAACAUUGUUUUGUAUUCGGCGAUGAUUGAUGGCUUUGCCCGGUGUGGGAAGAUGAUUAAGGCCGAACUGUUAUUUGAAGAGAUGGUUGAGGCAAAAUGUAUGCCAAAUAUCAUGACUUAUAGCUCGAUGGUUCGGGGAUAUUUCCAAAUUGGAGAUUCAGCACAGGCUCUUUCUAUCUGGGAGGAAAUGCUAAGUGCUGGGUGCACACCAAAUGCUGUUACUUAUAGCAUAUUGAUCAGUGGAUUGUGCAAUGUAGGGAAAUCAAAGGAUGCUAUGAUGGUCUGGAAGCACAUGCUUGGUCGUGGCUGUGCACCCGAUACAAUUGCUUAUACUUCCAUGAUCAAGGGCUUGUGUGCUUCUGGGAUGGUAGAUGGCGGUCUACGACUGUUCUAUGACAUGUUGGCAAGGGGUGAUGCUGAUCCAGAUGUUAUCUGUUAUAAUGUAUUGCUUGAUGGGUUGCUCAGGGCGAAGGACCUUCCUAGGGCAAUGGACUUACUUAACCAGAUGCUUGACCAUGGUUGUGAUCCAGACACAGUGACCUGCAAUACCUUCUUGCGGGAGAUUGAGGUUGGACAGGGUAAAGGGAGGGAGUUCUUAGAGGGCCUAGUGUUGAGGUUAUGCAAUAGAAAAAGGAAUAAGGCAGCUGCGGAGGUCAUGAUGGUGAUGCUGGCUAAGUAUAUUGUGCCAGAGGCUGCCAUUUUGGAGAUGGUGGUCAGAGGUGUUUGCCGGCGGAAGAGGGUUUGGAGAGUGAUUGACAAAUGUUGGGAUGAGAUUUGGAGGUUCUGAGGAUUUUUUUCUCAAUGAUUUCUUGAUAAUACUAUAGGAGCACACACUUGCUUGAGUUUUUCUGAACUCCAUUUGUUGUACGCUGUAAUAUUGUGGUACUAACUCAUUCAUUCAUAUCAAGAUUUUGACACAAUAAAGUGAUAGCUAUUAAUCA